CACGAAAGACCGCCAAAAUGGAAAAGUGAGUGGAGUGAUGAGUGAAUCUCAGGCCUCUCAAGUGGAGGAGACCAAGGUGUCCGACGAAGAUGGCGUCAAAGAGAAAGCUGAGUCGUCGGCAGCCAAAGUUACUGAGGAAUCCGCUAUGGAAGUGGACACGGAUAUUGGAUCGGGUGGGCCGACCGGGCUUCAGAUUCAAAGCGAUCAUCUGGGCGACAAGGAAAAGUCGACAACCACAGUGGACAUAAACACACUAACACCCUCGACGCCGUCGCAAACACCUCCCCAGUUGUUGGCCUCGGAAACAACCACUUCCGGCGUCACUGCCGUCAUCCCGGAGAACAUCCUGUCACCACCAAAGUCAGAGACCCAAACGGAUGAAACUAACACAGCCACGUCAACGUCAUGCUCGCCAGCAUCGGAGGGCCAGCGGUCGCCGGUGGCGGAGCAGACGCAGCUGCUGGUGUCAGUGCCAGCUCCUCCAAAGCAGGAGCAAACAGAGCCUCCAACGGCGGUUAACGGCUCCAUACCAAAGUCAGGGAAGCCCCUCUCCACGGCGAUCAGCAGCGCCAAAAAAUCGAGCAAAGCUGCUUCCACGUCACCACGCGCCUCCCGAGCCCGCAAACCCAAGGCUCUGCCCAUGUACGAGAGCGAGAUCAGCGAUCACAAGGUGGGCAUCAAGCUGUGCAUUAAGAAAUCCGAUGCCGGAGACGGUGCCCCAGCGGCCGCGACGCCUCCCGUUCCCGUCCCACCUGCAGCCUCCAAGCCGGCACGAAAGCGCGUCCGCAAACCGAAGCAAGCGGACAGCGACGAGAGCGAAUAUGAGCCGCGCAAGAAGAAGGGCGGAGGUGGAGGUGGAGGAGGUGGUGGCGGUGGUGGUGACAGUGGCAAUAGUCAGAAGAAAGCGGCGACAGAAGCGGUGGCAGCAGCCGAACCGAUCGAACAAAGUGUUUGGGCCCAAAAGCUUCCCGAGGAUGUCCUCUUCAGGAUCUUUGAGCAAGUUGUUGAUAAGGAAGGCUGCCUGCCCACCCUGUUCCGGUUGGGACGAGUCUGCUCACUGUGGCGGCAGGUGUCGCUGAGGCCCACUCUGUGGCGCACCAUGGAUCUGACGACUUGGAUCAAGGAGAAGUAUCGUACUGAACUGAAGCUUAAGUGGUUUGUGGAUAACCGCUGUAGUGCCUGCACAGAGCUGAAUGUUUCAAAUUGGAAAAUAUCAGACAUUAAUUGCUUUUUGGCCAAGUUGGCCAGCGGUUGCCCGAACUUAAUGGGAAUCACGCUGUCCGGCUGGAAAGGUUUCACCUCGGACCACCUGACUUAUCUGGUGGACAAUAUGAAGAAGUUGCAGCGAUUAGACCUUAGCUCAAUAAACGUUGAGAUGAAUGCCAGCAAGAGCGCGGUGGGCGUGAACUCUUUGUGCAACGCGCUCCAGACCAUGGGCAGCCGGCUGACGCAUCUCUACUUGGCGCACAACCGUCUGGCGGGAAUACCGCAAAUAGUUGGAAUUCUCUCGACGCACUGUCCGAAUCUGACGUUACUGGAUCUCUCGAAUGUGACCACUCAGGCCACAUCGCACGGUGUGCUGCAUAUUGAGAAGCUGCAGCACGGCUGCCAGAAGUUAAAGGUCCUGCGGGUGACCAACUCUCACAUAACACCAAGCACAGCCAGCAUGCAGGAAAUUAUGGACUCCCCAGGAUUUCCGAAUCUAGAAGAGCUUUCUGUGGCCGCCUUGACGGAUGAGUCGCGCAUCAUUAGCGACGAUCAUCUGCAGAGAAUCUUGAAGAGCAGCUCGAAGCUCAAGCUUCUGGACGUACGCAACUGCACCAGGCUGACUCACGAAAGCCUAAUACGUCUGCCAGCCUGGGAUAUAAAGCAUUUAUUCCUGUCGGGCUGCUCUGUCACGCGAGACAUGGGGUCGGGCCUGGAGCUCAUCGCCUCGAAGUGGGCGCACAGUCUCAUCGAACUCGAUCUGGCCUGGGCGAACGUGCAACAGCCGAUAGACAAUGCCUUGCGUGCCCUCGCCGAAAAAGGCAGCGAAUCUCCGUUGGCGCAUCUGAACCUGUGCGGCUCGUCGGUGUCCGAUGAGGCGGUGAAGGAAAUACUGACGAAUUGCGUGAACAUGAGUUCCAUCAAUUUGGCGUCGUGCCGUGGAUUGCCGCGCGGAGUCAAGCGCCUGAUGCAAGGUCCUCAGGAGCUGCGCGAACUGCGAGAAGUGCUUGGUGUGCAAUUGAAGGGCAGCAGCAACAGCAACAGCAACAGCAGCAGCAGCGGGAGCAACUAAUCCAGUCAGUGGCCAAGUCCACAAAUCGGUUUUAUUGUUGAUCAGGCGGGCCAAGUUUAAAUGUAAUUUAAAUUGUUGCAUCCCUCUUAGCGCGAGGAAGGCGAAGGCUUCUGGCUUGGCGCUUUGUUGAGUUUUGUAAAGUAGUCCGCAAUAAUUGCAAUAUUUGCAUAUUUGCAAUCGCUUGCAUCUUCCAAUAAUGCUUAUCUUGUUUAUAGGCCGUAGAAUUAUUUAAUUAAUGUACUAUUUUAGUAUUCUCCGCUCAGUAACGGCAGCUUUUCCCCAUAUUAUUUUUUUUUUAAUUGGAUCUGGAGGAUCGAGAUCGAGGUCGAGAGGCGAAGGCGCGCAACCUUUUUGUAAAUGCAAUACGUAUUCAUAAUUUAGUUUAUUCGAAUUUUUUUGGCAGCGCAACAGAGAAAAGCGACCACUUUAAAGGACUACCUACCAGCUGGCAACGAUUUUCAUUAUUUUUUUCUCCUAUAUAUAAUUUGAUAUAUAUAAUGAUUGAUUUACUAUUAGUUAAGUCCGACCAUUGAGUGUGUGUAAAGUAUGUAUACAAAAUUAAUGAUAAGUUUAAAGUUUAAUGUUUCGCAAUACAAAUUGAUAUAUAAUUACCAUAAAGUAAAGUAGUUGUCAAUUCAAAGUCGCUAGGAUCUUUUAACCCGAUAGAACUGUACAUAUUGGCGUUAGAGAACGUUCCGAUUGAAUGUGUUUUUUAUAUAAAAAAUAAAAAUAAAAAUAAAAAACGAAAAAUUAAUCAUUAAUAAAGCUAACGCAUUAUACCACACAUACAUAAAUUAAAACAAUUCAAUUGUUAAGCAUUACUAGCAGUUAAGAGACGGCAAUUAAAGGUACAUUUAAUUUAAAAUAAACGCAAACAUUUUCAAUCCA